GUUUUCUCCCUCUCCCCUCUUUCCCAUAUCUACAGUAUAUACACACUUAUCACACACACACUCUUUAUGAGACUGUGGUUCUCUCAGGGAACAGAGCAGAGGAGCAGGACGUUUGCCGUGAGAAAGAAGAAGCGGCACUGCGGUGUCAGCAGAGCCAAAGAAGAUGGCAUUGAGGACACAGUGUUGCCAUAGACCACCAAGAAUCAGCAACUAAAACAAGAAGCUUUUCAACAGCCAUCACAGAUAUUUCAACAGCCCAGCAUAGUGCGGAUUUACAAUUCUCAUUAGCAGCAUUUGUCAAGCAAGAGACAAAUAUCAUCCAUCCAACUUCUUGCAGAACAUCUCUUUCUGAAAAAAGCUGGAAUAGAGCAUUGAAAGCUAUUGUUUGUAGGGAACAGAAAUCACUCAAAGAAAUUGGCAACGAAAGCAUAAAGAAUAUUGGAAGAAAAACAGGGGUAAACAGGGAUCACAUGAGACAUGUCAUUCAGUGCACAUGCACUCUACAUGAACAUGUUUAACACACUUUCAUGUGAGUUUAAGGCUUGUAAUUCUUCCUCUCAUCAAUUCUUAAUCUUUAAAAAAAUUGUAACAAUGGUUCACGUGAAGUUCCAGGGAUGACAUUAUCACAUUGUCUCGGGUGAAGAUCUGGCAAUAAUGUUGUCAAACGUGAUGCUGGGUGUCCUCCUGUCCUUUCUAAUCCUCCUGACUGUCAGUGGUAAUGUGCUGGUGUGCCUCGCUGUCUGCGCCUCCCGACGCCUCCGCUGUCUCACUAACUGCUUCAUCGUGUCACUGGCCGUCACAGACCUGCUACUUGGCCUCCUGGUCCUUCCUUUCUCCGCCCUCCUUCUGCUUAACAGUGAGUGGCCGCUUGGCCCGGUCUUCUGCAACUUCUACAUCUCCAUGGAUGUCAUGCUCUGCACUGCCUCCAUCCUCACCCUCCUUGUAAUCAGUGUGGACCGCUACCUGGCAGUGACCAUGCCUCUGAGAUAUGCAUCACUAGUGUUGCCAUGGAGAGUUGCUGUUGCGAUGACCGCUGUUUGGACGGUUUCAAUUGCCGUGUCUUUCUUGCCCAUCCAGAUGGGCUGGAACACUGUUAAUGGGACUGUGCAAAACCAUGGGCCCUGGGCUCAGGAGCGGAAAUGUCGUUUUGAACUGAACAGACCCUAUGUACUGACCGACUCUCUCCUCACCUUCUACCUGCCUCUGGUGGCCAUGUGCUGGACGUACCUACGAAUACUUCGCAUUGCACAGGCGCAGGCCAAACGCAUAGGCAGUGCCAGACCCACUUAUUUAACUUACAACUGCAGGAACAGUCCCUCCACCUGCACCACGUUGGUUUCCAGUGUUGCAGCUGUGGCUCUGCGGGAGCAUAAAGCCACAGUGACUCUGGCAGUAGUGAUCGGAGCUUUUGUGGUGUGCUGGCUGCCGUAUUUCAUCAUGUUCACAGUGUUGGGCCUAAAAGAGCAUCCAGACCCCAGCACAGUACCAGAAUUUCCCAUUGUGUUGUGGCUGGGUUAUGCCAACUCAGCACUCAAUCCACUACUCUAUGGAGCCCUAAACAGAGACUUCAGGUCAGCCUACACCCAUCUACUAAGAUGUCGAUGGCCGUCUUACAGUGGGAGGAGAAGGAGACAGCAGUCUUCAACAGGACCAAAAGGCAGAGACCCGCUUACAGAGGUGACACUGUUGUGUGGCCACACAGAUUUUACCUGCAGGGCUGGUGUUACAGAUCAAAACUUUGUGCUUCAAGAAUUUAACAACAGCACAGACGCAGCAACUAUCCAAAAUGGAAAUGACACGGCUGUCACUGAUGUCCAUACAGAUGAUUUAAAUGAUCAGCCUAAGGAUGACGAGAACAAAAGGAACCUCCAAGAUUAACAGCCCAACUGCUAAAGGCUUCAGCGUCAACCACAGUACAGUAUGCAGAACUAACAACACUGUGAGAAAAAUGGGACUUCCGAUACUCUACACCUCAUCAGAGAGAACCAACUGUACUCACACAGCCAGCCUACAUCACAUGUGGACCGAUGAUUGAUGCUGCUUCUUUGAGGAGGGAACUAAACGUCUACUAGUCUAACAACUUUUCUAUCCAACCAUUGGACAGAGAAAUGUGUGGCUCAGAUAAGCCCUUGAACUUGCUGUAGAUGCUCUGAAGGACUAAAUGAAACCAUACGAUAAACUUGCCUGUCAUCCAUUUCAUGAACUACAUUUUUUAUGAUGACUCAGAAGUGGACUCCUGGGAAAACAGGAUGUAUUCAAACCUCUACCUGGGCAAAGUUAGUAGUAAUCUGAAUUUUCACAAAAUAAGAGAAUUCAAGGACAAUAUUAAUAUAAAGACUUAAUGCACUGAUCACUUUAUGUAGAACAACUUGAAAUGUUUGACAUUUGAAUGUAACGCAUGCAAACUAAUAAUAUAUGGCCAUUUCAAAAAAAUGCUUCUGUCUCCAGAUUGUGUCUUUUACAUUGCUCAUUCAGUGCCAUAAACCUGACAAAUGUAUGUAUCGUAUCACACUGUAAAUUAAACAGAGAAAAUGCCGUGUACUGUUCCUCCACAACAGAAAAAUUAUGAUAACACUGUACCAAUAAAGAGCUGCUUUAAUAAAGAAUGUAAUAUAUA